AUGGGAGAAGCUUUGCAGGAGUGCAGAGGAGCCACUCUGCUGCCCAGGCGCUGCUGCAGCCAACAGGGAAUUGCCAGCAGCCAUGCCAAGCUGGCUGGGUGCAAGAUGACCCUCACAAUCACACCAGCAACCAGCAUCACCCCGGCUUUCUUUUGCCUCCUGCUGUGUGUCCCCUGGGGCAGCUCCUGCCCCAGAAGCUGUCAGUGCACGGAGCGAGCAGGAGCAAAGGCCGUUCUCUGCAGUUCCCAGCACUUGGAGGAGAUUCCCAAGGACACCCCCAAAGACGUGGUGUUUCUCAAGCUGGAUGCUAACAGCAUCACCAAGAUCCCCAGCAAUGCUUUCAGGCAUCUCUCCCGCCUGGAGGAACUUGACCUCUCCAGGAACGCCAUUGAGAAAAUCGACAGGGCAGCUUUCAAAGGGGUGGGUGCUGGACUGCGUAGCCUCGACCUGUCCAGCAACCGCAUCCGCAGCAUCCCCAAGGAGGCCUUGCUGGCGCUCAAUGCCAAGCUCCGGCUGGCCAACAACCCCUGGCACUGUGAGUGUGCCUUGCAGGAGGUGUUAUGGGAGGCAUGGCUGGACCCUGACUCUGUCCAGGACAUCACUUGCCACACAGCACCACGUGAGGAGUAUGUGGGCAAGCCACUGCUUCAGGUCCUGGAUGCUGGCGUCAACUUCUGCAGUGUGCGCCAGAGGACCACAGACGUGGCCAUGUUCAUCACCAUGUUUGGCUGGUUCACUAUGGUCAUUGUCUACGUGAUCUGCUAUGUCCAGCACAAUCGAGAGGACACCUGCAAGGAUGUGGAUUACCUGAAGUCACUGCCUAGCACCCAGGGCCAUGCAGAGACCACCAACACCGCCUUGUAG